CUGCCUGAGGCAUUGGAUUUUGAACUAGUUGCAACUAUUCCUGUCGCCUGUAGGGGGCGCGCUCUGCCCCUCGGUCCUGUAAAAGUCUGCACGUCCCGGGGGCACCGAGGGUGUGGAUCUACAACAGUCUGCUGCUGGAGACAACCACGGACUGUUUGACAAAUACCUUCUCCUUUGGCUGUACUACAGUAAAAACCGCGGACAUACCAGUGCCUUAGAGCGUCUCUGGUUGUGUCCCAGAUGAGGGACUGAUGCUGGUCAGAACUUGCCUAAACUUGGUCCUGGUUUAGUUCUGCAUCUGUUCUCACUGGUGCCCCUUUGAGAAAAGAAGAAUACAUCAGUCGAGAUGGAUGAUAUCUUCACACAGUGCCGGGAAGGCAACGCCGUGGCUGUUCGCUUGUGGCUGGACAAUACAGAGAAUGACCUGAAUCAGGGAGAUGACCAUGGCUUCAGCCCGCUCCACUGGGCGUGUCGGGAGGGGCGGUCCAAUGUGGUGGACAUGCUCAUCAUGAGAGGAGCACGCAUCAACGUCAUGAACCGGGGAGAUGACACUCCUCUGCACCUGGCUGCGAGCCAUGGACAUCGGGAUAUUGUGGGGAAGAUGAUCCAGUGCAAAGCAGACACCAAUGCAGCCAACGAACAUGGAAACACACCACUGCAUUAUGCCUGCUUCUGGGGCCAUGACCAAGUCGCUGAGGACCUCGUGAGUAGUGGGGCUCAGGUGAGCAUCUGUAACAAAUUUGGCGAAACUCCCUUGGAUAAAGCCAAACCUCAUCUGCGUGACCUCCUCAGAGAAAAUGCUGAGAAAAUGGGACAGAACUUAAGUAAAAUUCCCUUCAAGGACACAUUCUGGAAAGGCACCACUCGAACUCGGCCACGCAAUGGCACUUUGAACAAACAUGCAGGCAUCGACUACAAACAGCUUUCUUUGCUUGCAAAGAUAAAUGAGAACCAGUCUGGAGAGCUUUGGCAAGGGCGUUGGCAGGGGAAUGAAAUCGUUGUUAAAGUCCUAAAAAUUCGAGACUGGACAACGCGGAAGAGCAGAGAUUUUAAUGAGGAGUAUCCAAAACUCAGGAUAUUUUCCCACCCAAAUGUUCUACCUAUGUUGGGAGCAUGUCAGUCUCCUCCUGCCCCUCACCCCAUCAUCAUCACACACUGGAUGCCUUAUGGCUCCCUCUACAAUGUGCUGCAUGAAGGCACUACCUUUGUGGUGGACCAGACUCAAGCGGUCAAGUUUGCCUUAAACAUUGCCUCUGGGAUGGCUUUCUUACACACGCUUGAACCCAUGAUCGCUCGCCAUUAUCUCAACAGUAAAAGUAUCAUGAUAGAUGAAGAUAUGACAGCGAGGAUCAGCAUGGCGGAUGUCAAGUUCUCCUUCCAGUGUCCUGGCAGGAUGUACUCACCUGCAUGGGUGGCCCCUGAGGCACUGCAGAAGAAGCCAGAAGAGAUCAAUCGCAGGUCAGCCGACAUGUGGAGCUUUGCCAUCUUGUUGUGGGAGCUGGUGACCAGAGAAGUCCCGUUUGCUGAUCUGUCCAACAUGGAAAUUGGCAUGAAGGUUUCCUUGGAAGGUUUGAGGCCCACUAUUCCUCCUGGUAUCUCACCACACAUUUGCAAGCUUAUGAAAAUAUGCAUGAAUGAAGACCCAGCUAAGAGGCCAAAGUUUGACAUGAUUGUACCAAUUUUAGAAAAGAUGCAGGACAAAUGAAAAAAAAAAAACCCACACUGCUCUCUUUCACUGAACUGAUAAAAACACGGAUAUUUUACCCUCCCCAGAAGCAACUUGAUUUGAUGGUGUGGUGCUUACCAGUAUUGCCUUAAACUCUUCUAUUGCUUCAUUCACGGACACUGCAACUUCUGCUCCUGAGAUGAGUUCAACUGCAUUUGUUCCAUUUAUAUAUAUUUUUUAUUUUAAGCAUGAUAUAGUUUUUAUUACAGUCCUCUUUUGAUAUUGUCUUUGCAGGAACUUAGCAUUGACUGUUCAUUUUUAAAAUCAUAAUCAUGUGGGAUGAGUACAAUCUUUCUGAAUUGAUAAUGACCUGUGGAAAUUGGCAUGAUGUUCUGCUGUAUCUGACCAGUGGCUAUAAGGCUUUAAUUAAGCCAAUUAUAAAAUGGUUCCCUUUUUAGGUAACUGGCCCAUUUUAAAAUGGUGACUUAUAAGUAAAAAAAACAACAACAAAAUAACCCAAAACAUUUGUGUGUGAAAGCGUUAACUUUUGUUUUAUUGGCAAAAAACGGCAUGCAACGAGCUAGCAUGUCAAUGUCUGUAUUAAAACAAGCUGAUGAAUGCCAUUUUAUUUAACAUUUGAGAAUAAUGAUUUCAAAACUCAGUGCAAGUUUGUUUUUAUAAUUGUAUUGUUACCUAUUUUAUUGUUCAAAUGUUUAUUCUAGUAUUAAGUUUGGUUUUAUGUAAUCUCUUUUUAUCAUCUGUACUGUUGAACAAAGUCGGCCUCUGUCAAAAUGUGAUGUUUUGCCUAAUUUGAAUGUUUUUAUUUGGAAGACGUGAAACAUUUUCCAACAUUUACUAUUUAACGUUCUUCCUAAUGACAGGAAUGGUACACAUUAAAAUCUAUAUCGAGGCUGUUUGCAGUUUUAUGGCUAAGCUGUGGCCACCACUGGGACUAGUGUUGAGUUUAUGAUUUUUUUAAACUGUACUUAUUAAAAUAAGGUUUAGUUUUUGUUGAUUUGGAUGACAUUUUUACUUGAUAUCACUCUCCUGGGUUGCUACGUGUACUUGCAUCCUUACUGUGCCUCUACCUACUUGCUUGUUUGUGCUGAAUCACAUAGUUCAAGCCAAAAUCAAGAAUGAGUAAAAUGUAUGUAUUUAUAUAAAAGUAUAUUAAAAACUUGCUACAGUU